AGUGAGUGAGUGAGCAGGAUCUGCAGCAGCAGCAGCCCAGCUGUGGCCGAGAGUGAUGGGGAGAGCGGGGCAAGUCUGUCCUGGAUAAGUGUUCUGCCCCGGGCAAUGCCCACAGCUGCUGCCAGUGCCCCAGCCCCCUGGAUUAACUGCACCGUGAGCUGGAUCUGCCCUGCAUGGGCUUUGCAAACAUGUUAAGGAGGCUCCUGCUGAGUGUGCUCAUGGCGACUGUGCUGGGCAGAGGGACCUCGCUGCAAUACUCCAGUGACAUGUGCAAUUGGAAAGGCAGUGGCCUCACCCACGAGUCGCACAAGAAGGACGUCGAGCAAGUCUACCUCCGAUGCGCGGAAGGAUCCGUAGAAUGGCUUUACCCAACUGGAGCGCUCAUCGUCAACCUGAGGCCAAACACCUUCACGUCGGCUUACAAGCAUUUGACGGUCUGCAUCAAACCAUUCAAAGACUCCAAAGGAGCCAAUAUUUAUUUGGAAAAAACUGGAGAACUCAAACUUUUGGUGAAAGAUGGCGAUAAUAACCCUAACAGAGUCCACUGCUUUGGCAUUGGCCAAGGGGGAUUGUUUAUUGAGGCAACACCCCAGCAAGACAUUAGCCGCAAAAUUACUGGUUUCCAGUAUGAACUGAUAAGCCAGAGGACGCUUUCGGAUUUGCACACAGUCUCUGACCCCUGCCGUCCUUGCGGUGACACCGAGGUGCUCCUGGCCGUCUGCAUUAGCGAUUUCGUUGUCAGAGGUUCUAUCAGAGCGGUGACCGAUGACGCGGAACAGCAGGAAUCCAUCAUAGAGGUUUCUGUGGACAAACUCUUCAAGCAAAAAAGCAAAGUCUUCUUACCUAACAAAGAAGGUGGGGGUUGGGAAGGACUCAUCAGGACGCCUCUGGAAUGCGGCGUGAAGGCAGGGGCCGGCGACUUCCUGUUUACGGGACGGAUGCACUUUGGGGAACCCCGCCUCGGCUGCGCACCCCGAUAUAGAGACUUCCAAAGAAUAUACCAAGAAGCGAAAAAUAAAGGGUUAAACCCCUGUGAAAUCACCACGGACUGAAGGGACUCUCCACCCCGCCAUUAAACGUACUUUUUAUUCAAUAAAACAGAGACUGGGUUAAACUGUUUUACGGACGGCACAUAUUCUGAAGGAAUUGUCCGCGGCGGACGCCCGUGAAUGCUGGACCACGCGUGUAAUAUGUUACACCGACGAGUACGUGGAGGUACGACCCGCGCCGGAUAUAUGCAACAAGACUCCAUACUAAGCCUUACCGCGGAAAUCUUAAAUUAUUAUUUUUAAAGAAAAAAUAUUCUCAGAGUCUUAACGGAAAGAGAAAAACUGCCUUUGUACUUUUUUUUUUUUUAUUACUAAUACACGGAAGAAGAAAAAUGGCUUUUUUUUACGUAAACAGUGUAGCAUUCAGGCGCAGUCUGUAAAAACCCGGUGUGAAUGUGAUAGAGCACAGAUACGAUAUUUCUUAACAUUGAUGCUUUUGUAAAAAGCUUGGUGUAUAAAUUUCAAAGUUGUUUCUUAUGAAAGAAAUGGAUGAACGCAAAUACGGUUCUGUUUUUAUUUUAUUUUUCUCGUUUUUAUGGCGCAAUCCUGGUCUGCCAUAUUGUCCAGACUGUCGGAUUGUGGAAAUUUUCUUAUUUUCAUUUUUUUUUCACAUUUUUUUUUUUUUU